CUUCAUUUCAAUAUCUUCUAUAUAUAUCCAUCCCCUUCCUCAUUUUAUACACCAUCACCACCACCACCACCACCACCAAAACCACCGUCGCUUUAGCCUCACUACCUUACCUCUCAAAUUCUUAGCUCAUUCUUGCAUGGCAGUGAGCUUGUUUGCUCAUGAGGUAUCUGACCUCUGUCUAGGCAAACCAGCACUGAGGUCUCUUCCAGUCACAGCCACUGUAGCCGAAGCACUCUCUGCACUAAAGAACUCUGAUGAUAGCUUCUUAAGUGUUUGGAAUUGUGACCAUAUAACAAAAAGAAAUUCUGGGUUUAAUUGUGAUCGCGAAGACAGAGAUGAGUGUAAGUGUGUAGGGAAGGUUAGCAUUGUUGAUGUUAUAUGCUAUCUUUGCCAAGACAAGAAUUUGGUGUCUCCUUCUGAUGCUUUGAAAGAUCCUGUUUCUGUUCUUUUGCCUAAGAUUCCUGGCCUUGUUAUGCAUGUGGAACCCUCUUCGAGCUUAGUGGAAGCAAUUGAUCUGAUUCUUCAAGGAGCUCAAAACCUUGUGGUACCAAUUAAGACUCGACUCAGUUCCUCCAAUUCAAGGAGGAAACAGCAGCAGAAACUCUCAGCAACAAGCACAGGUCUCACCACCAUCCACAAGGGCCGGGAAUUCUGCUGGCUAGCUCAAGAAGAUAUAAUCCGGUUCUUCCUGAGCUCAAUCGGUCUUUUCUCACCGGUUCCAGCUCUCUCCAUCGAUAGUCUUGGCAUCAUUACCACUGACAUCAUUACAAUAGACUACAACUCUCCUGCUUCCGCUACACUCGGAGCCAUUAAUCGUGCAUUAGCUACCCAAACAUCCGUGGCUGUGGUGGAUGGGGACGAGGGUAUCUUGAUUGGGGAGCUGUCACCCUUCACAUUAGCCUGCUGCGACGAGACUGUGGCGGCAGCCAUCACGACCCUUUCCUCUGGGGACUUAAUGGCGUACAUUGACUGUGGAGGCCCCCCAGAGGAUCUUGUCCGGGUCGUGAUGGCACGGUUGAAGCAUAGAGGCCUUGAAGCUAUGCUCCAAGAAUUUACCAACUCAACAACAUCACUCGUCUCAUUUUCUACUUUAUCCUCAUCCUCCUCCGACGAGGAAUCAACAACAACAUUGCAUAGAUCAGGAAAGUACAGUAGGUCUAAAAGUUACUCGGCAAGAAUGGUGAGAAGAGCAGAAGCAAUAGUUUGCCAUCCGAAGAGCUCACUGGUGGCUGUGAUGAUUCAAGCAAUUGCACAUAGAGUGAAUUAUGUGUGGGUUAUAGAGGAAGAUUGCAGCUUGGUUGGAAUUGUCACAUUCUGUAAUAUGUUAAAGGUUUUCAGGGAACAUUUAGAAGCUAUGGCUUGAAAAAAGCUGAGGAAACUUUUUUCUAGUAAAGUUUUGUUCUUUUGGGGUUCUUCAUCAUCAUCAUCUUCUAGACUUAAAAUACUAAUCUGGUGAGAGAUUUAGUUCAAGAAAAUAAGUGAUUCAGAAGAAUGUCAUGUGAAUAUAGACUUUUCUUUGUUUUCUUGUUUUGUUUUGAAUCAAUUUCAAUGAGGGAGUUCAACUUAUUUGUUGUAUGUUUUGUAUUGAGUGAUAAUUUUCUUAGUUUGUUUAUGUUAAAUGCUUUUUCACA